AUGAGUCAGGUCUCUGCAGACGCCGUCACUCUGGAUUUCCUGCGAGAAGCCAGGGAGCGGGUGAGAAGCAGCCCGCUGGGCGUCAUCAGAACUCCCAUGAUCCCCUGCAGCCGGACCGCUCUGCCCCUGAGCGCCGGCGUCCAGCUCAAACUGGAGAACAUGCAGAGAACCGGGUCCUUUAAAAUAAGGRGCGUGGCCAAUCAGUUCGCCAGGCUGCCAAGGGGGCGCCGUUUGGUCACCAUGUCUGCAGGGAAUUAUGGGAAGUCUUUCGCAUUCGCCGCUAAGCACUACGGGAUGACGGGGAAGGUGGUGAUGCCAGAAACUGCACCGGAAUCCAGAUCCAUCCUCAUCCAGAGUUUGGGAGCAGAGGUGGAGCGAGUUCCUACGUCCUCUCUGAUGGAGGCGGUGACCCGCUGCGUUCACAACGACCACAUGACCUUCCUGCACUCCUACGACGACCUGGACCUGAUCGCCGGACACGCCAGCCUGGGCCUGGAGGUGCUGGAGGCCGUGCCGGACCCUGACGUGGUGGUGGUCUGCUGUGGAGGAGGGGGUCUGCUGGCCGGCGUGGCUGCAGCUGUCAAACUGUCAGGCUGUGAGAAAACCAGGAUCUACGGCGUGGAACCAGAAGGAGCCUGCACCAUGUAUAACAGCCUCAUGGAGAAGAAGCCGGUGGGAAUGAACGCCAAGAGCAUCGCCUCUGGCCUCGCCCCUCCUUCUGCAGGCCGGCUGCCCUUCGAGCUGUGUCAGCGCCACGUGGAGCGCAUCGUCCUGGUGAGCGACGAGGAGAUCGCGGUGGCCGUGUCCGCCCUCUACAGAGCCGGGCUGGUGGUGGAGCCGUCCGGCGCCGCCGCCUUCGCCGCGCUCCUCAACAACAGGAUCCCCGACCUGGAGGGGAGGGAGGUCGUGUGCAUCCUCAGCGGGGGGAACGUGGGGAAAGACGAGCUCGCCAACUUUCCAGAUUGAAACUCUUAGUUUGUUUUAGCCUCACUUUAGACUCCAUGUUUCUAAAUAUUUAGAAAUCUUGUUACUUUAUUUUUUUAUCUGUAGGAAAUUCUUAGCUGUAAUCUGUCAUUGGUGCURUAAUUCUGUAUUUUUCUAGUUUUAUUCUCCAGAUUUUACUGAUAUUUGGUCACUUUUGAACAAUGAAAUUUGCUGCUACACAAUAAAACACAAUCAUGAUUUUAAAACCUGAUCCAAUAAAGACAAAACAGCAAA